AUGGCCCCCCGAGACAAGUCUCCAGUACAUGUCCCACUCCGGACUUCCAGUCGCAACCUACUACAUUCCGAAGCCAUGGGGAGUCAGGAGAAGGGGUCAUUUAUCGAGCGCAAAACCUCCAAAGCCCAGCGAAUCCUCGGUACCGAUUUACCCAUCCACCAUGAGAACCAGAACCAAUGGGAGAAGCCACAGAAACAACCCAAGUCCCGCCGGUCAAGCCUUCGAACGCCCGAUAGCAGCACGAGAAAACAGCAAAACAGUGGAUUUGUUCCAUUCCCCCAUGCUGCAACGAGUGACAGGAUGAUCCCGCCCCAGAAUCUUCGGGUACGGGCUUCAUCGCCUUUGCUGGGCCAAGAAUAUCUUUCUCAGGACCCGGCCCCGCCCCUCCCCAAGCCUUCCAAAAGGAUUCAUCCAUCCAGCUCUUCGUCUACAUUGUUCUCCUACUUCAGCUCCAAGGAAUCGUCUUCCAAAUCGAACCCGACGACCCCUAAAGGCCUACAGCCCAGAAUCAACAAUAUGUUCGGUCUCGACCCGCAAGUUACAUAUAAGCAACAACAGCCUCCUGCUCCUGCUCCUGCUCCUGCUCCUAAGGAUUCUAAGCGGAAGCUGCGUCCACCUCGCAUCGAUUUAUCUAUCCUUUUCCCAAAACCUCGAAAUCAAGCACCGCCCCUCUUCUCCCCUCAGCGUAUGACUAGUUCGCCAUCCCCGGUCUCCACAGUGGUGUCGGAUUAUCCUACCAACAAUUAUCCUACCCACAAUCGACUAGAUAGCGUGACCAGCAAGAGCAGCGCUGCCACCUCCAGGCGCUUUGGUGAUCCCCUGCCCCAGCGCACUUCCGCAAUUCAUAACGAGGCCUCCAAACAACAUGUGGAUCGCUCGGAUCUACUGUCGAUCCCGGAAUCAAAAGAUAGCGAUUGGUACGAUCGUCCCUUUGAGCGGACGGUUGGUACAAGCGAGAUCGAUCUGGCAUUGGAUAGAUAUGCCGGGCGCCGAUCACUCUUCAGUCGAUCAAGUGUAUACACGAACAGCCGCGAGCAGUUGCAGCCCGAACAGCAACAACGACGUCCCUCGGAGGCUAGUAACAAUACACACCGCGGACAAAGUCCUGCACGAGCUGAGCAACCGCGCAAAGACAAGGAUGUUUAUUUGAGCCCAAGUUCCAAACCUCAAGCCCAUCGUUCUCAACCUCAACCUCAACAGUCUCAAACCAUCACCCCACCUGUCCAACCCUGGCGACAAAAGGAGCGCAGCGACUCUCAAGGUGCCAAGAGCGCUGUUACCAAGAAGAGCAGCAAGAGUACCUUGAAAAACAAAGACUUGCAAAACACCAGCGUUCUCUGCCUAUCAUCAUCCGAGGAUGAGACCGAAGAUGAUGAACAGGAGACACCCGUGGCGGAUCCUCGAACCCCCAACAAACAGUUCCGGGAUAGUGUGGCUACAUAUGGCGACUUUGAUGCUGAAAUCUACACUGCCUCUACUGCCCAGGCUGCCACCGGCAAAAUGCUGAAGAAGGUGGAUCGGGCUGCAUCUACAAGUAGUAGUCCUGGGUCUCAUAAGAACUCACAGAGGAGCCAGUCAGUCCGUCAACAUUCCUCUCAUCCUUCCAAGUCAUCCACAGCCACUCGACGAACCACCCAAUCCCGACGAUCAAGCGGCAUCCCCGCGAUAACCGAGCCAGACCUCGUGGACAGGCUCCCUCAACCACCACAGCGUACCCCUCACGAAUUGAAGGAGAUGAACCGCAGAAGUCGAGUAAUUGCCGUGACCCGCCAAGAACAAGACCUGCUAGAGGCGAUGCGUACUCGAAAAGGCAAAGUCACACCCAGCAUCUUCAACUACAACACCGGGCCCGGCGCCGAAGCCGAUCGAAACUCAGUAUUAUCGGUCCCAUCGCGGGAUUCAUUCUGCGGCUCAGAUACAUCUUUCUUGCGUCUGAGCGCGGCUUUCCCACCGUUUCCCCAACGGUCAGAUCAAGGUGCCUCUCACAUUGAUAAGGACGGUUCUCCCUCGCAGAGUUCGAGUUCUGAUAAUGAACAGAAAACUGGUAAUUCCAUCGCCAGUACGACAUAUUCGGAGUCGCUCCCAUCUCCCGCUACUAGCGUUGCUUCGCCCCUCACACCAACACUCCCUAUUCAUCGCUUCUCGCCUCUCCCUUCCCCCAAGCCACCACCACGUGGUCCUCCACCAGCCAUCCCCGAAGAUCAGAAGCAGCAUGCCCGACGUCGCACCGACAGCAGCGAAGCUAUCAUGUUGAACGAUGAGCCAAAGCGUAAACACGAUCUUCCACUGUGGUCCUUCGAUUUCGAUUGGAACCAUGACCGCAACAGCGUGACUGCCGUGCAUUAA